UCAGCAAACAAAGGGCUGCCCAUCUCAUCGCAAAUGGAUCUAGUGACUCACGAAGAAGCUUUAACAUUAGACAGUGAUACAGUUGUCCAGGCUUCCAGCAAAAAUGGCACCUGUGAUAAGGAUUUUGAUAAAUAUUCUCAAGGUUCUGUCUAUGAAAUCCACCAAAGUGUCUCUCCAGAGGAGGGUCUAUCCAGUACAACUAUACAUAAUGUAAAUUUGACUACAUGCGAUCCAUUGCCAUCCCAGAAAGGAGACUCUCCCAUAACUUAUUUGGAGGAACACCAGCAUGUAGAAACCCCAAUGAAGAAGUUUCAGUUUCUGGGGGAGGAAGCAGGCGAAGAUACAUUUUGUUUAAAGGAUCAAGUUUCAAUAAAUGAAUCAUCGUGUUUGCCAGUUCUUGAAGAAGGCAGAACAGAAUUUGACCACAAUACCGACAUUUCUGCAUUUCCCACCACGGAUAUGGCUCAGUUAAAAGAGUCCCUUUCCCCAAUGUCUAUUUCUAACCAGUGUCUGACCCUUGAACCUGCCUCUAGCCACUUCAGCCAGCUCUCAUUAUCUCCACCAUGUUGUAGCACACUCGUUCAGUUGUUAACCCCACCACACAAUAUAGAUCCCCCAGCCCAGCUAAUAGGUGACAUUCCUCAUAGCAGAUGUCUCCAUCAUUCCCUAGAGCAAGUGUCCUCUUGUAACCAAACUUGCCCAUUUUCCACUGCUAUAAAGAAAGAGAAAUCCAGAUCUGGCACUGAACUAUUUGAUCAGUGUCCAAUCCUUGAAUGUGAUUUCAACCGAUAUAGCCAGCCUCCAGACCCAGUGCCCAGUUCUGAACAGUUUGACAGCAACCAACCACUAUCCAUGCCCAUUGUUUUGCAAAAACUCACAGAUCAUUUUAUAUUUUCAGAGCAUAUAGACAGUCAGCCCAUCCAACGCGAUGAUUUCAACCCAGUCAGAGAAAACAUAGUUUCUGGACCUAAUAACAGUCAACUCAGAGAAUAUCCAGUUUUUGCUGAUAACAGACCAUUUCAAACUUCUGAUUUGAACAAGCCCCCAAUCCUUGCUGGCAAUUGGUUCAUUCAGCAAUUAGUUGAAAUGCCAGAAUCCAAAGUAUCCCACAAUUGUACAGAAAAUAUUGGAUGCAUACAUCCUAAUGUACCAAUUGCUAAAUUUGUCUCUCAGAGGACAGAUUCUGCUUUUAAAUCUGAAAGCCUUGCCCAAAAUCAGUCUUUGGAAAAUAGAGGAGAGGAGAGUCCUGCUUCUCAGAUGGCAAAGAUGGAGGGAGGAGCAGCCCUACAAAGCCAAAAGGAUGGGAAUAUACCUGAAACAAGCUGUGAAUGUGAGAUAUUGGACACACACUCAGAUAUUUUAGGAAAUUAUACAUCACCAGUAGAUAGGAUUGGAGAAGCAAUGUCUCAGGUCAUGGAUGUCCCUGAUGCAAAAUCUUCCUUCAACCGCACAUUCAAUCCUUCAUUGGAUAGUCAGAAAAAGUGUGAAGCUACAGCACCCAAAACCUCAAGGCAGCCCCCUCAACUUCUAGCUUUCACCAACCCAAUUCAUUUCCUCCAGCUUGGACCCCCAUCACCACCAACCAGAUAUCCAAGCAAUCCACAGCCUGACUCUCAAGAGACACCGUGGCAGCAAGAACAGGCAGGAUAUGCUAAAACCACAACAUCUAUAGUAAAAGACUCUGGAAGCCUUAGGAAGGGCUUGGAAAAGUCAGUAAUGGAACCCAUCAGUGCAAUGUAUCAGAAGACGGACAGAGUAACUAAACAUCAUGCUUUAGAGAAAUCUUCUAGUUGUCCACAUCAACAUGUCAUUUUGUCCAGCCCAAAAGAUUCAGCACUUAGUUCCAAGACACAGGAGGUAUUAGUCAAACAUCGGUCAAAAAGCAAAGAUUGGCAUCGGCAUGGUAUAAGAAAGAUCUCAAUACCAACAGAGAAUGAAUUAGAUAUGAUAGCAUCUUUCGUCCCUUCCAAAGGGGAUGCCCAUGUACACAAAGACAAAAGGAAUCAUUUAGACCAAGUUAAAUGUGGAGAGAAGAAACCAGAAGAAACAGUUGAAAACAUCAAACGGCGACACUCAAAACUGAUCAAUUCAUCAAAGGUACUCUACCAGGAAUACAGUGAUGUUAUACUAAACAAAGCCAUUCAAAGCCAAAAGAGGGCGGAUUCCUUGAUUGAAGAUGUGGAACUAGGAUCCGUAAGCUCCCUAAGGUUGCAAAGAAAAGUUGUUCCCCUGCAAGACUCCUAUCCACAACGCCUGUCUGUCUCAUCCACUGCAUCUCUCUGGCAGGACAUCCCUAAGGUCCGAGACAGUACAAUGCUGCAGAGCAUGACCCGAGAAGAACAGAAGCUGCAGGAGGCCAAGUUUGAAUUGAUUGCAUCUGAAGCUUCAUACCUCCGGAGCUUAAAUGUAGCCGUGGAUCACUUUCAACACGCCCCCGAACUCCAGGCUGUGUUGACUAAUCAAGACAGACAGUGGCUUUUCUCCCGUCUUCAGGAUGUGCGUGAUGUUAGUGCCAAUUUCCUGUUUGACCUGGAGGAGAAACUCGAGGAAAACAUGUUCAGCUUCAACGUGUGUGAUGUGGCACUGAGGCAUGCCUCGGAAUUCCGCAGGGUUUACUUGCCGUAUGUGACAAACCAGGCAUACCAGGAACAAACCUUUAAGAGACUACUGAAUGGUGUUCCUGCCUUCCAACAAGUCUUAGAAAGACUGGAAAGUGAUCCUGUUUGCCAACGCCUCUCCCUUAAAUCAUUUCUCAUCCUCCCAUUCCAACGUAUUACUCGACUGAAACUCCUUCUCCAGAACAUACUGAAGAGAACUCAACCUGGUGCAGAAGAAGAAAUUCAGGCAACACAAGCAUACGAUGCUCUUGAGAAGCUCAUCAAGGAUUGCAAUGAAAAUGUUCAGCGCAUGAAGAGCACUGAAGAGCUAAUCCACUUAAGUCAAAAUAUGGAGUUUGAAUGCAAGAUUUUCCCACUUAUCUCACAGUCGCGGCGUCUUGUGAAGUGCGGUGAACUUACAGCACUGGAGUAUAAUUUGAGUGUGAAGUGGAAGCUUACCACUCGAUCCAUCUACCUUCAUCUCUUUAAUGACUAUUUGUUGCUGUCACGGCCCAAAGAAAACGGGCGCUUUAUUGUAUUUGAUUAUGCUGCUUCCUCGGAUGUCCGUGGAGAGAAAUGUGAAAUGAAACUGCAUGGAGCAAACAAAAAUGUUUUUCGCCUCUUCCUCCUGCAGAAUAAUCAAGGGAAAAAAGUAGAGUUUCUCUUCCGUACAGAAAUACAGAGUGAGAAGCUGCGAUGGAUUUCUGCUCUUUCGCCUCAACAGACAGAACGUGACCUUUUGGAUGACUCUGAUACACCUCAAGUUCAGUGUGUGAAAUCAUACAAAGCCCGAGAGAAUGAUGAGUUGGCACUAGAGAAAGCUGAUAUAAUCAUUGUCUUACGGCAUACUACUGAUGGCUGGAUUGAAGGCAUGAAACUCUCAGAUGGAGAGAGAGGUUGGUUUCCUUCUGAUCACGUGGAAUUCAUCUCUUGCAAGCACGUGCGGCAGAUGAAUCUGAAAGAGGAACAGCGUGUUAAGAAUGCCAAACAACAAGUCUUUCACAGAAAGUAGAGUCACUGCUCCUUUCUUUCUGUUGUAGCCUUCUGAUCAAACUGCUGCAUUUGAUUUUCUGGAAUAGAGAUGGCUGCAGAGGCUAACAAACUGGACAUAAAGACAUUAUGCUUAACAAGGGAAAAUGGCUUUCCACUUGGGAUGAUCUUGUGCAUCACUGGGACUACAAAGCUAUUACUGUGAUGCUGACUUUGACUUAUGGCAUCCCUAUGGAUGAGAAAUCUCCAAGUCACCCUGUCACCAACAGCCCUGCUCCGGUCCUGUUUCUUUGAUAAGAUUCUCUCCAACUGGAAUGGGCCCUUCCUUUUUCCCUGCUGCCUUCUACUUUACCAACCAUUAUUGUUUAUUCUAGUGAAUUAUGUCUUCCCAAGAUAUAUCCAAAUACAACAGUCUCUACACAUUUUUUGGUAUGGUGGAUGCAAACAAGACAUGAAAGAAAGAUGGAAACUGAGUUUUAGGAUCUUGGGGAACCUAUUCUUGACUCUUAUGCUGUUCAGACACAGAACUCUGCUUCAUAUUUUGCUCUGCAAUAUGAGUCAAAAUGUUAAUAUUUCAAAGUGCUUUGAAUACGUAUGUAAGAGAAAAUAUAUUUUAUUAUUGUGGAGAUGA